CCACAUCACCGAAUUCCUCUUUCUUCCGCGAUGGAGCCGCCGAAACAUGAAUUGAACGCCGGAGGAUCAUCGGAGAAACCUCCGGCCAAGUGGGCUCUAAUUAGGAAUGACUCGCCUCUGGUUCAGGUGAUCUUGAUCGGUCUGGUCUGCUUCUGCUGUCCGGGUAUGUUCAACGCCCUCUCGGGUAUGGGCGGCGGCGGCCAGGUUGACCCAACGGCGGCCAACAACGCCAACACCGCCCUCUACACCACUUUUGCCGUCUUCGGGGUACUGGGCGGCGGGAUUUACAACGUAUUGGGCCCCAAACUCACCUUGCUCGCAGGGUGUUCGACGUAUGUCCUCUAUGCCGGAUCUUUCCUCUACUACAACCACUUCAAACACCAGGCCUUUGCCAUCGUCGCCGGAGCAUUUCUUGGCAUCGGGGCUGGCCUUGUAUGGGCCUCCCAAGGAGCCAUCAUGACCUCGUACCCUCCCCGUGCCCGGAAAGGGACCUAUAUCUCCAUGUUCUGGAGCAUAUUCAACAUGGGUGGUGUCAUUGGUGGGCUUAUCCCUUUCAUACUGAAUUAUCACCGCACAGACGCCGUGUCUGUCAAUGACGGAACUUACAUUGGAUUCAUGAUCUUCAUGUCCAUUGGUACUGUUCUAUCGCUCGCGAUUCUCCAUCCCAGCCAAGUUGUCAGGGACGAUGGAACAACCUGCAGUAACAUCAAAUACUCCAGUGUGGGGGUUGAGUUUAGGGAGAUCUCAAAGCUUUUUAUGGAUUGGAAGAUGCUCUUGUUGGUUCCGGCCUCUUUGGCAAGCAAUUUCUUCUACAGCUAUCAGUUUACCAAUGUGAACGGGGCGCUGUUCAAUUUAAGAACAAGGGGUUUGAACAAUGUGUUCUACUGGGGUGCACAGAUGAUUGGGUCAGUCUUCAUUGGGUUCAUAAUGGACUUCACCUUCAAGAGCCGGAGGACUAGGGGAUUGGUGGGGAUCGCAGUUGUGGGAGUUCUGGGAACUGCGAUUUGGGGAGGCGGGAUGGCGAAUCAGCUCAAAUAUUCGCGCGACGAUAUGCCCGCUCGCAAGCUGGAUUUCAAGGACGGGUCGGAUUUCGCGGGGCCCUUCGUGUUGUACUUUAGCUACGGCUUGCUUGACGCCAUGUUCCAGAGUAUGGUUUACUGGAUCAUUGGAGCCUUAGCAGAUGACUCUGAAAUCCUUAGCAGGUAUACAGGAUUUUACAAAGGAGUGCAGAGUGCAGGGGGAGCUAUAGCUUGGCAAGUGGAUGCCCAAAAGGUGGCAUUCUUCAGCCAAUUGGUUGUGAAUUGGGGACUGACAACAUUGAGUUAUCCUCUUUUGGGUCUUCUGGUUUUCUUAGCAGUCACUGAAAGAUGAUGCCAACAUGGUAGAAAAAAAAGUUUGAGUUUCUUGGUUUAAAGUUGUUUCACAAUGUAUACACAGAUUAACUUGGUACAUAUAGGAGUAAUAAACAUGCAUGCUAUCGGUAUGAGGGAAUGGGUUCAUCAUCCUUCUUACAAUAAAGAUGCUGUUUUAGUUGUCUGUAUCAUCAUUGGAUUGAUAUUCUUGCAUUUGCGGCGCUAGUUUGUUUGUUGGGGACACUCACAACUUGUAAACAUACGGAGUAUGUGGACAAGAAUGAAAAGGAAUAAACGUU